GCGUGUAAGCGCCGCCACCGCCGGGAGUCUGAGGAAUUCGCCUGGGCUGUUAAAGGAAAGAGCUAAGUGAGAGAGCGCGAGCUCUACCUACCGACAGUGAGGAGCGCCGCCGCCGCCGCCGCGCCGCUCGCCGCCCGCCGCCGCCCGCGCCAGCCCCGGAGCCCGGCACGCGGCGCCCCCACCUGCCCAGCCCCCGGCCCAGCAGCCCAGCCCUGCCCAGCCGGGGAGCCCGCCGGCCUGGGGUUCGGUCCCGGGGGGAGGGGAGUUUGGGGGUCCCAGGCGGGAGCCGCGAGCCAGAGGGAGGGGGCCGCGGGGUUUCAUGUGCCCAGCAUGAGCUCCUACUUCGUCAACCCCCUGUUCUCCAAAUACAAAGGCGGCGAGUCCCUGGAACCGGCCUAUUACGACUGCCGGUUCCCGCAGAGCGUGGGCAGGAGCCAUGCGCUGGUGUAUGGGCCCGGCGGCUCGGCGCCCGGCUUCCAGCACGCCUCGCACCACGUCCAAGACUUCUUCCACCACGGCACCUCCGGCAUCUCCAACUCGGGCUACCAGCAGAACCCGUGCUCUCUUAGCUGCCACGGAGACGCCUCCAAAUUCUAUGGCUACGAGGCGCUCCCCAGACAGUCCCUUUAUGGGGCUCAGCAAGAGGCGAGCGUGGUGCAAUAUCCCGACUGUAAAUCCUCCGCCAACACUAACAGUAGCGAAGGACAAGGCCACUUAAAUCAAAACUCGUCUCCCAGCCUCAUGUUUCCAUGGAUGAGACCCCACGCUCCGGGGCGACGCAGCGGAAGGCAAACUUACAGCCGGUAUCAGACCUUGGAACUAGAAAAGGAGUUUCUCUUUAAUCCUUAUUUGACACGAAAGCGCCGGAUUGAAGUCUCUCACGCCCUGGGACUAACCGAGAGACAAGUGAAGAUCUGGUUCCAGAACCGAAGGAUGAAGUGGAAAAAGGAGAACAACAAGGAUAAACUGCCUGGGGCCCGAGAUGAGGAGAAGGUAGAGGAAGAAGGGAAUGAGGAAGAGGAGAAAGAAGAGGAGGAAAAGGAAGAAAACAAGGACUAGGCAAAAAAAAGAGAAAAUCGCCCCCUUUAGCAACUCCCUUGAAGUUUCGUUUUAUGGUAGCAGAUACAUUGAGAAGUUUACGACUGUCAUUUGCUUUUAUAGAGAAUAGAAUGACACUCACAACUCUAACUACCUGUCAGAUACUUGCAGUGCGGUUUUAUUACCUUUGGACUUCCCUUGCGCUUUAUUUGUUUGGGGCUGGAGGGGGGAGACCGAGACCCAGAGGAAAGUUCGGACUGUGUCCCACUCCUUGCCCCAACACAGACACUUGUCCCCACUGCCACCUCCUGAGUCCUUCCUGGACUCAAGUCCUGAGACCUGGCCUCCUCACCUCUCUCUGCCCCUGGCCACCAAGCUCCCUGAGAAACCUCCCUGUUUCUCUGAUAUUUAUUUUAGAGGGAAAUCCCUUAAAGUGCAAAGAGGACUCUUGACUUUGUUUUUAAUGCUAUGAUUAGUGCACUAAAUUUAUUUUUAAAAAAGAAAGGAAAGAAAAACUGAAAGAAAGGGAAAGGAAGGGAAGAAAUUAAAAGAAACAAGGAAGAGAGAGCAAAGAAUAUGCCCGCCCCCUCCCCUCCGCGGGGCUCCCAGUUUGGAAAGCCCCUUGACUUUCUCUAGGAAGCUGACAGAUACCUUCCCCCUUGCUAAUGGGUGAAUGGGGCCUGCUGUCGCCUGCCUCUAAAAUCCUACCUAGCCAUCCACAGUCACUCACUCGGGCCCACGCCUUUCUCUUGCCUUCGCCUUCGCUGUUUGCUGUUUGAUUUCUGUUCUUUGGGCCCGGCUUUCUCUGAGCUGCAUUAGUGUUAGCGCUCAGAAAUCACCAUAAUCAUGAAAAUAAUAAUAAUAUCCAUAAUGAAUCUUUAACAUACUACCUAAAGGGAACCUGCAAUAAACUUGGAAAAGAAAAAGAAAAAAUUUUAAAUCCUGUUAUAGGAGAAAAAAAGAGAAAAAAUUAAAAAAGAAAAAAAAGGAAGAAAAGAAUGAAACCUCCAACGUAUUUUAUCACUACCUAUAGAAAAAAAUCCUGCUUUGAGAGUAUUCGUAAUGCAAUUUUGUUGUCGUUUGUUGCUGCUUAUUUCACUAAGAAAAACCCAACAACUGAGACUGCCUAGCCCAGCCCGCCAGUCCUGUGCGCUUUUAUUGUGCUUAUAACCCCAGUAGAGUAGAACUAAAUUGCACUGAAUGUAUAGUUAACUCUGUCUUGAAUUCUCUGUUUAUGCAACGUGCUUGAAAGAAAAAAUGUUAAAAAUAUAUCUAUAAUAAUAAUUUUUGGUCAUUUGUCUUUAUGUCCAGCUAUGAAUGUAGAUUUUGUGUCCUGACAGCCCUGUUCCUGGUCCAAGUACUUUGUAUUGUAUACGUGAGUCAUAAUUAAAAAAAAGGAGAAAAAUA